AUGGCUAGCGGCGGCGGCGGCGGCCGGCGGCGGGGGUCGCGCCGGGCCAAGGGGAAGAAGAAGAAGAAGACCAAGUACCUCAGCCUCAGCCGCCACCUCGCCAAGACGGUGGAGGUCCACAGGCCUGCCGAAUCUCUGUCGGUGGAGGAUUCUCUCCCGCCACCCUCGGCGUUGCCGUCGCCGUCGGCGGAGGAGGCAGUGGAGACGCCCGGGGAAGCAUGCGGGCACGAGCAGCAGCAGCUCGAGCCGUUCGCGCUGCAUCCUGAGGCGCCGUCGACUCUCUUCGCGGCGGCGCCGUCGCUGACAGACAUCCUCGGCGUGUCCUCCCCCUCCUUUUCCGGCGGGGGCGAAGGGGGUUCGCCCUCGUGCACCCCCUCCCCGGACGCCUCCGCGGGGACUGCUGGCGGGGAGGAGGAGGACCUUGCGCGGCGCGCGCUCCGGGGGAGGGAGCGGUGGGUGUACUGCAGGAGCAGCUCCUCUUCGCCGAGCGCGGCCACUGCGACGACCACCACCUCAUCCUCGUGCUCGUCGGCCGCGAGCACGGGCGCCGCCUCCGCGCGGUCGCCGCUGCUCAAGCUGGACUACGAUGAGAUCCUGGCCGCCUGGGCGGGCCGCGGGUCCCUCUACAUCGGCGGCACCGCGGGCCACGUCACGCCCAAGCUGGAGCUCGAUUCUGAGGUGUUCGUGGAUGUGGCGCCGCCGCCGCAGGCGGCGACGUGGAGCUCGCCGGAGGUGUCCGGAAGGGCGGAGCGGGUGAGGCGGUAUAAGGAGAAGCGACAUGCCCGGCUGUUCUCCAAGCGGAUCCGGUACGAGGUUCGCCGGCUCAAUGCCGUCAGGCGGCCGCGCUUGAAGGUAAUUUUUCGCACCGCGUUCGUGCCGUAUCUGAACUUGUCGCAGUUUCCUUAUCGUGGCUGUGAUCUACUAGCAAUGUGCCUGUACAUACUGCAUCAGUAA